GGGAUUUCAUUUAGCCAUGGAGCGUUGGACGAAUCGCGUGGCAGUCGUCACUGGAGCUAGUUCGGGAAUCGGAGCAGAGCUUACCCGGAAACUCGUAUCCGCCGGAGUGGUGGUGGUGGCUCUGGCCCGUCGUCUGGAUCGGCUGGAGCAGCUGCGUCAGGAUCUGCCCGAGGAGGAGCAACGGCAGCGUCUCCACAUCCGGCAUUGUGAUGUCACGGACGUGGAGGCCGUCAAUUCUACUUUCGAUUCGAUCAGAGAUCAUCUGGGUGGUGUGGACAUCCUGGUGAAUAAUGCCGGAAAGCUAUCCGGUGGACAGCUGCUCACCAUGCCCCUGGACAUUGUCCAGCAAGUCCUGCAGACAAAUGUCAUGGGCGUGGUCCAGUGCACCCAGAGGGCCUUCGAAUCCCUAAGGGAGCGGAAGGUCCCAGGUCAUGUAGUGCUUAUCAAUAGUAUCGUGGGUCAUUAUCUCUUCAAUCCGCUUCCCGGGAGCCAGCAGGAGCUCAACAUAUAUCCUGCCACCAAACACGCCCUCACGGCCCUCACAGAGCUCUUCCGGCAGGAGAUGAGGGAUUUCAAAACGAAGGUUAAGGUUACGAGCAUCAGUCCUGGACUAGUGGACACGGAACUGGUGCCGCAGGCCUACAAAACGCUGCCCAUGCUGCAGGCCGAGGAUGUGGCAAGUGCGAUUAUGUAUGUCCUGGCCACGCCCCCGCAUGUUCAGGUGCACGAGCUGACCAUCAAGCCCAUGGGUGAGCCCUUCUAGGCAGAACAAAAGGCCGAAGGACAUCAAAAGGACACCUCGCACUUGCCAUUUCUUUUUUUUUUGUGAAUUUUUAAAACAUUACGACACACUGGUUCUUGAGGCCAAGUACACUUAUGAACUGAAUAAUUUCUGCAACUGGAAAAGGGCUAAGGGCACUGAAAGAAAUUGUAUAACUAUUUUUAAUUUUUAACUUAUAGUUUUUAAGAGGAAUGGCCUUAAAAAUAUGCCUAUUUAUUUGCCUAAAAAAUAUCAUCCAAUAAAGAGAGGCAGAUCAUAUCGGA